AUGAUAUCUCUAAUCAAUUUCAAUCCAGCAGAUUAAAGAUGUCGGAUAGAUAGUCCUCGUUCUAAUAUAGUUUUAAAAUAAAGAGGAAUGACUUAGGAAGAGUUGCUUUGUGUAAAUAAAGAGAAAUUGGGGAUCAUGCUCAAAUAAGAAAAAUCAUUACAGGAAGAGAACUUAGAUGAUUUCUAUAAACAUUAUGAAUAUCGAAGAUAAUAAAAAGUUUAUAUGUUAAUAAAAGAUAGAGAGGCUUUGAUUGAAAAAGAAAAAAGAAAAAAAAUUGAAUCAAAUAUGGUUAAAUUUAAAGGGGAUAGACCAAAUAGUAGUUAAAAUGCUUCUAAAUUUAUGGAUUAGGUUUAAAAGAAAAAAUAUAUGGAAAUGAUGAGGCAAAAACAUUUAUAAGAAUUAAUGUUAAAGCGAGAAUAAUAAAAUUAGUAGUAGUAAGAAAAAAUGUAGUAAUACGAAGAAUAAAGAAAGAAAAAACAAGAAUAGAGGUAAUAAGAAUUUUAGGCAAAAUAAGAGACGAUUGCUAGAUAGAAGAGAUUGAAGGAACUAGAAGAAUUAAAGAAAAAUAGAUAAUUAUAAUAAGAAUAUUUUUAAAAAGAAUAAUAAAGACUUGAAUAAUAGUAGAUUGAAGAAUAACAAAGAAAAGCAGAAGUAGCAAAUAGAGAAUAAUAGUAAUAAGAAUUGAAAUUAAAAUUAGAAAGAGAAAGAAAAAUGAAAGAAAAAUAAGCAGAGCUAGAAUAUAAUUAGAGGAAGUAAGAGGAAGAAGAAUAAGAACUUAGAAGAUAAGAAUUUUUUUAAUAUUAGUAAGAGUAAAAAAGAAUUAAUGCACAAAAAAGAGCCUAAUCUGCAAAAUUAAGAUAGAGAGAAGCAUAUAGAAAUUAAAUAGAAAUUCAAAAAAAGUUAAGAGAAGAUUAUUUUAAGAAAGAAGAGAAAAUUGCAGAAAAGUAACAUAAAUUUUAAGAACAAUAACACUAAAGAUAAAUGUCUAUAGAGGAAAGAAAUAAGAUGAAAUAAGAAAAAAUUCGAAACACUGCUCAAAUGAAGGUAUUAAUGCAUGAAGAAUUUUAAAGACAGUAUGCGGAAAGGGAAUAAGAAAUAUAAUAUAGAUUAUAAUAAAGGAGUGAAUCAGGAGCAAAGGAUGAAUUUGUAAAAUAGUAAGCGGAAAUGAGAGCAAAACAUAGAGAAAAGGUAAGAAAAAUGAAUGUAUAAUAAUUGGAAGAGAAAAGAUAACAAUAUUUAUUAAAAUUAUAGGAUUAAGAUGAAAAGGUAAUAGAAUAGUUUUGAUAUUUGUUAGAUUUAAAGAGUAAAGAAGGAGUAAGAGAUGAUGCAUCAAUAAUAGUCUUAUUAGAAAUUGAAGAAAAGGUUUGAUCAAUAGGAGGCAAUAAAACAUUAAAGAUAAUAUGAAGAAUACAGAAGGGAAUAAAUAAGAAAUAAAUUGAGGGAGGUUGAUUUAAGAAUGUAGGAAAAAAGAGAGGAUUAAAGAGAAUUAGAUAGAUUAAGAGAAUAAGCUAAUAGAGUUGAAUAAAUGAGUAAGAAAAUAUGA